GAGUAUGAACAGAUUAAUGUAAUUACAGAAAACAAAGAAUAAAAGAGUAAGAAUUCAUGAUUUGGAUUUACAGUGGCCCCAAAAGUAUCAAAUUUUCGGUGAUUGGGAUUUGAGAACAAGUGGUGGCAGUGCGACAGAGGAGGAGAGACAGGACUCGACUUCUUCGAAGCGCACACACAUAAAGAAAAAUAAAUAAAAUAAAUAAAUAAAUAAUGUUAUUAUUGAGCCCUUUAAGCUAAAAUAUAAAAAUUUGUGCAAGAAAUUAAAGUUUAGAAUAGACAUCCAUGGUGAGAGAUGGUGAUAUAUAUGGAUUGACUUCCAACUUGAAAACCCCUUUUUUUUAUCAAUUUGCAUCUAGGGCUCUCUUUAAUCUGUUUUAAUAUCUCCCAAUUUGGUACUUGCAAAUUCUAAACUUAAAAUGGACCCCGACGAGAGGCUAUGUGCAACUACAUGGGCAAAGUCCUCAUCGGGCCAUGAAUCACUCAACACGCAUUCAAAUAACCGAUCUUUAACAGAUUUUGAUAGACAGCAGCAGAAGUGGGAAGAAUCCUCGUUCCAUGGCUACGGAGUAAGGACCUCUGACCAACAAUUUUCUGGUUUCAAACGACCAUUUGCAUCCAACGUUGAUAGCCAGAGGCAAAUGAACGAUCUUCAUGGUAAGCAGAUACCCGAGGCUCAUGAGUUGGAUAAUAUGCAAAACUGGGAUCCUAGGGCUAUGCUGAACAAUCUCUCGUUUUUGGAGAACAAGAUUCAUCAGCUGCAGGAUUUGGUGCAUUUAGUUGUCGGGCGCAGAGGCCAAGCUAUGAGCCAAGCUGACGAGAUCUUGGUUCAGCAACAGCAGCUUAUCACGGCUGAUCUCACCUCGAUUAUAGUUCAACUGAUAUCUACUGCAGGGAGCCUUCUACCGUCUGUGAAGAACUCCGAGAAUUUGACUAGCCAGCUCGGGCAAUUCAGUGGAACAGCGAGUCAAUCAGCAGGAGUCUUGGAUAAUGUUGUUCAUAACAAUGCGAACAAGAUGGAAGAUCAACACGAUCCAACGGGCGUUUUUGAGGAUCAUGAUAUGAAAAGCGAUGAUGAUGCUGAAGAAGGAGAGAAUCUCCCUCCCGGCUCGUAUGAAAUUCUGCAGCUCGAGAAGGAGGAGAUUCUCGCACCUCACACCCAUUUCUGCACUAUCUGCGGAAAGGGAUUCAAGAGGGACGCCAAUCUACGGAUGCACAUGAGAGGCCAUGGCGACGAGUACAAGACUCCAGCUGCUCUCGCUAAGCCCCACAAGGAAUCGAGCACCGAACCAAUCCUGAUCAAGAGGUAUUCCUGCCCUUACGUUGGCUGCAAGCGUAACAAGGAUCAUAAGAAGUUUCAGCCUCUAAAGACGAUCUUGUGUGUGAAGAACCACUACAAGAGGACCCACUGCGACAAGAACUACACCUGCAGCCGCUGCAACACGAAGAAAUUCUCGGUCAUUGCGGAUCUGAAAACGCACGAGAAGCAUUGUGGGAGAGACAAGUGGCUUUGCUCUUGUGGCACGACCUUCUCUAGGAAGGAUAAGCUUUUCGGCCACAUUGCUCUCUUUCAAGGCCACACCCCAGCUAUCCCUCUCGAAGGGGCUGGGCCGUCUGAUCAAGGACAAAGCAGCGUUGAAGCAGCAAACAAAGUCGAACAACUGGACUUCAACUACAAGUUAGACGAUCCUAGAAGAAGUGUGUUGCAAAGUAUAAUGGAGGUUGAAGGACCUGGAGAGGAGGAUCCAGCAAGCUAUUUCUCGCCUUUAGGUUUUGAUACGAGUAACAUGGCCGGAUUUCAAGAAUUCCCUCGACCUCUAUUUGAGGAUACAGAGAGCCCCUUCUCGUUCCUUCUUUCUGCUUCCUGUGACUACCCUCCCAAGAACGAAAGGUAUGCCGCUCCAAAUGAUCUGGAAUAAGGCAUUAUCGUUCGUUGUUAACGUAGCUUUGAGUACUGUGUAUCCCAUGUAUUAGUUCUUGACAUCAAAUAAAUAUUUCUGUAGAAUCUUUUCCAAUUUCCAUGGUGAUCUACCAUUGUUGCUGUCUCUUUUCAUCAAUGAAAUAGCAUUUAUAUUCAUCA